AAAAUGGAUGCAAAUGAACAAAGGCAAGAGGCACAGGGUGGUAAUGAAGUGUCUGAGGUAAAGAAAGACCAAGGGCAAACAGAGAAGGAGCAAAAGGUCAAGGUCAUUUAUAAAUUUUGUGAUCUACAGCAGAGGCUGGUUGAUGAGUGGAGACUUCAUUUCAAAGAUUAUAUUCCAGAUAGAGUACAGGUUUACAAAGGGGACAUUUUCAAAGAUGGACCAGCUGCUGAUGCUAUUGUUUCUCCUGCUAACAGUUUUGGUUUUAUGGAUGGAGGAAUUGAUAUGGUGUACAGUAGACAUUUUGGUUGGCAAAUGCAAGAGAGGCUACAGAAGUUGAUAAGGAAAGAUUAUGAUGGAGAAGUCUUGGUUGGUAACGCUGUAAUUAUGACAACUGUAGAGCAUCAUAACAGAAACGUUGUUGAUUGGUCAAAAUUUAAUGAAGGCCAGCCAAUCAAAUACCUCAUAUCUGCUCCAACAAUGCGUGUCCCAAUGGAUGUGUCAGAUACCAGCAACGCUUAUUUAGCUUUCAGGGCAAUAAUACUUGCAGUUUGGAAAUUCAAUGAAUCUAAUCCAGCUGACCCAAUAAGGAGUGUUUUAUGUCCAGGUCUUGGAACAGCUGUAGGAUAUAUGCCUCGUGACAGAUGUGCUUAUCAGAUGUUGAGGGCAUUUCAAACAUUUGAGCUUGGAACCGAUACAGAAAUUUUGAAUCCUAAUAAUCUUGCAAUUCCAUUGGUUCAUCAUUAUGAUAUGGCAGAGUUUGGUGGACAUGAUGUUAAAAAGGGGCCACCAAAAGACAAAGUUGUUAUAAAAACAUCAAACAAGACUACCAAAGUCCUAGAAAAGACGAAAGCAGAUCAGAAGAAUGCUGAUGUGGAACCUUCUGAUAAAGGUGCAGCAGAAAACAAAGAAGAAAAAACAACAACAGAGAACAAAAAUGAAGCCAGUGAAGCUGUCAAAAGUUAAAAGAAAUGAAAUUUAAAACUUUUUAUGAUAGUAUAGUAUUAGAAAUCAUGUGUAUGCAAAUUCAUUUUAAUAUGUACAGUAUAGAAACAGAAAUGGACAAAAAUAUCAGAUUAUUUAAGGUAAUAUUCUAAGUUAUCAGUUACCUAUUCUUAGUUAUAAAUAAUCAUCUUAUUUAUUUACUUAGCGUAAGUUUCAUCUACUGUACUUAAUUUAGUAAAGCCUUGUUGAAGAGUCUGGAAAGAGGGAUCAAAAACGAACUCACAAUAACAAGAGUUUGUGCAUUCUCCUUCAGUUAUUAGGAAUUUUUUUUUUGUUUUGGUUGGAUUUUACGUUGCACCAACACAGUUUAUGUCAUAUAGCGACUUUCCAGCUUUACUGGGUGCCUUCCAUGUGUUAUUUCAGGCAUAAAUGGACAUAUAACCACAGACUUUUCGUAAGCUAGCUGGAUAGCUUCAUCACAUUAAAAAAUCCUAAGUCCAUAUCAUGAUUUGGACCCACAGCAGUGAGGGGCAAGUGGUUUGAUUAGGGAAGAUAUAAACUAAUAUCUAUUAUUUUAGUGGUACUUAUCUUCUCUCUGUAGAUUUUAUAAUUUACUGUGUGUUUUUUUCCUUAUUUUUGAAGAAGAACCAACCAAGCAUAUUGUUACAUGUACAUUAAGUAUAACUGAACAUGGGUUGCCCUGGAGAAUAUUUUGAGCUGGCAAUUAAAUUUUGCUAAUGUAUUGUUGCAUCUUGCUAGGGAUCUUGCUAGGGGGUGAUCACCCAAGAAGCAGAAGUGCUAAGUGCUUUCCGACCAAGGUGAAACCAAGAGAGUAUAACACAGGUUUCGGACCAAUAUUCUUAAAAGCAACAUUGUUUGUAACUUUUCUCGUACUGCAGAGUGUUCAGGGGUAAAAUAAUUAAUGAAAGUAUUGUUGCAGUGUGUACAUUUCAUCUAUGGUUAUUUAUUUUAUGUAUUUUAUAUUGUAUAAUUUAUUAUUGUAAGUUGAAUGCUCAAUAAACUUAUAAGUAUAUUA